AUGUAUGUGGAAAAUUGGCGGACGAAGCCGAAAGCUUUGCCGAUUGUAAAGGAAGAGUUAAUCGAAAAAUACCGUAAUCAACUACAAAACGGUAACAUUCUACUUAAUCGACAUACGGCUUCUCAACCAAUAGAAUUUAUUGAUUCUGAUGGACAAGUGCGUUAUAAUAAACGUAAACUGAAUGAGCUAACGUACCUUUUGUCGCUAAUGGCUCAGAAAGAAUACGCAAUGUAUUUUCCUGAAGGGGAGAAGUUAUUUUUCGACUACGAGUUUCUUAGAGCUAAAUUUAAGCACACUUCAACAUUUCAUGAUUUAUAUGAAUUAUUGAAGCCCUUUACAGAAGUUAAACUUCAGAUGUUGAUUGGAAAUAUAUUUAAAAAUGAAAUAUGCGAAGUAGCAGACGACUUUCGUAUCUUACUUAUGACACUGUCUCUCAUUGCUGAUGUAAGUCAAAUUGAAGUCUCACACUUAGAUGAACCAUAUCUUGACUGUAUUACAAUCGUUGAUCGAGAUUCAGUAAGGAUGAUGAUGAGCGCUUUAAACAUAGCACUAAAUGAAGUUAAGAAUCUAACAAAUUAUGAAUUUUUUUUAAUCUCAAAACACACUUGUCGCUUAACAUCGUUACGUAAAGACAUUCGUUUUGAAAGACAGACGACAGACCUAGCUGGUCCUGGAUGGUUAAAAGUUGAUUGCUUGCAAAUUCCACUAAUUGUGUUAUGUGAACGUGAUAGUGAUUAUUUUGAGUGUUGGAAUUAUAAGCUCGACGCAUUAGUUGAACGCAUUCAAAUGUCAACAAAACUUGAGGACAUAAUAAUAUCGAAACAUUUGACUGAGUUAGUACUACCAAUGGUAAUUGUGAAGUUAAUUGAUGGUACUAUUCAUUUCUAUGCAUCGUAUCAUCUGAGAAAUGAGCAAAGGUAUACCCUAGUUAAUCUGGGUUAUACAACAGUUGGUCCAGACUUAAAUUUAAUCAGCUUAGUAGACUUCAAUUUGCUAUGCACAUUUCGAUAUCAGAACGAUCCAUCGAAAGACAAUCCUAAGCUUGAGUUCUUUAACUAUCGAGAACGUCGAUGUGAUUUGGCUAUAAUUGAUCUAAGACAAAUUUGCAUUACGGAAUUCAUUGAACAAAAAAUGGAAAAAAUGGAAUUAAGAACAAAUAAUAGGUCGAAUAAAAGACGAUUUACUGAAUUUCCUAAUUAUUCUCAUUUAGAUGAUAUUUUGUUUAAAGUUCUCAUUUCCUUUGAUAUACCGUUUGAUGGAUCCAUAACGCGCAUAAUCCAUCGACAUACUUUUCCAGCUAGAUAUUCUGCGACGAAACAAUACUCUAGUGCAGCUCAAGUAAUACCGGAAACGCUAAUCGUCGAAGAUUGGCAACGUGAGUCCAUACAUCGUAAUUGGUCUGCAACAAAUUGUUUAUUUUUUGUGGCAACAACAGCAGAAUCGUUAUAUGUCAUUCGCGAAUGUGGAAUAAGACCAUCACUGACGUAUUGCAGAAUACCCGGACAUUUUGAUUUAGUUGCCGCGCACGAAAAUAAUCCACAUGCAAUAUAUACGACAAAAGGUGGUACUGUAGAAGUUUACCGAUAUUGUUGCAUAGACUACAAAAACAGCGAUAAAAUAUCAUAUUAUGCAUACGAGUUAUAUGCCAAAAUUGAAAUAAGCUAUAAUCCCAUAACAGUAAUUAGGCCGGUUGGUGAAAAAGUGUCGCUUUUCUUCUGCGCGACACAAGACGGAAUAAUACAGGCGUACGACGUUUCACAUUACAGACACGCUUUGAAAGAAUUUCCUUCAUUACCAAAAACAAGCUGUAUAGUUCAACGUUUGUUAGUGACCAAUCAGACUGCCGUAACAGUUGAUGAGAGAGGAUCAGAAAUAACAAGCUGGGGCUUCGCAGAAGAUUGUAAGAUUAAAUCACAAAAUCAGCUAUCUUCGUUUCUAAUCGAUUUCAGCAUUAUUACAUUGACUACUGAAGAAUUAGAACCAAUGUCAUACGUUCUUCUUGUCAACGAAGCGUCUCAUGCACAAGUUUAUUUGCUGAACAAAUUGUCCGAUGCUCCUGUAUUUCAAAUGGAACUUCGAACAAACAUUGCCAGAACGUAUUCGGCCAAAAAUGCUUUUUAUCUCCUGUGUCAAAAUGAUUUUGCAUACUAUUUGCCAGCCACCAGUUUCAGUGCAAUUGAAAUACAAUUAAACUUAUCAUGUCAAAAGUUGUUUGGAGCUCUUUUAACAGUCGAAGCUACGGAAUACUUUGUUGUUUUAGCCGAUGAUAGUCAAACAAUAGCUGCUUGGUGUCCGAGUAAAUAUAUCAGAAUUGACUUAACGAUAACUCCAUCGACAGAUUUGGUUGUGAAAGUACAUGGUCAAAACGAUCAACUCGUCUUAUGGCUCGCAGAUCAGUCGCUGGCUUUAUUAAAAGUUAAAGUGAAUGAAACAGUUUGCACAUUAAGUAAACUUGGAUUAGCCAGCCUCUAUAACGGCAAAAAGGAUCAUAUUGCCAUGUAUACUACCACGUCGGGUUGUACCAACAAAUUUUGUGUCAAAAUUUAUGAUAUUAAAACAGACGCUUACUUAGACUAUACGAUUGUGUUAGAAGAUGAAUGCCAACAUUUAUGUUUGAACGAUGAUGGCAACUAUUUGUUGACAGUCAUAAAGCCGCAUAUAUUAAAUCUGUAUCGGAUAGCUGAUAAUAAACAGUUAGCAAAAUUUUAUGUACAUCAUCAUAUUUCUGCAAUGGCUGUUAAUAAUGAUUACGUAGUUAUGACAUUGAAUAAUCGGCAAUUAUUUACUUUAAUGAUAGUUGAUCCAGAUAAUUUAUUACAACAGGAGAAGCUUCAAUCAUUGCCGAGCAGAACAACAACGAAGGUUGAUAAAAACUACCCAAAACCAUUGACUAACAUCAUCGCAGAGUAUACUGCUGGUUUUGGUAUCUAUUGUGAUGAGAGACCGGAGCUGUCUGGUAUUGAACCUCGGCCAACACUUGCAUGCCGUUUUGUAAAAAAAGUAAAAAAUGGAAAGUCGUGGUCGAAUGUUAGAAUGCAGUCGCACGAGGACUUGUUUAAAGUUGCUCUCGUAAGUUCGACUGAAUAUUUUACUAAUCAGUAUAUCCAUGGAAUUAGGGCUGACGACGACAUGGAUGUCGAAAGCUCAUCAUCAGAUGAAGCAGACGUAGACGAUAUUUUAGAUAAAAUCAUAAACAGUUAUAAAGAAUCUAAUAACUCAGAAAGAGAAAACCGUACAGAACAGUUGGAAAUCCAACCAUCGAAUACAGAUACUAAUAAAUCAACAGAAAGACAAAAACAAAGACCAACAAAUACAGAUGUUAUAAGCAUGAAACAGAGUGAUAACGAACCAGUAGUUCAAAAUACUGAUUCGGAAACAUUAUUCAUUUUGCAACGAGGCGUAGCAUCAAAACAGGUACAAAAGACAAAUCAAAAUAAUCAGCAUCUUCCGACCAUUGCACCACGGCGCUCUCAGUCUAGGAAUAAGGAACCUCAAAAGACAGUUGGAGUACAGAAUUCAUCGAUAAGUCAAUCGGAAGAUUUGAUGAUCGUGACAUACUGUCAAUUUGUCCAUAACGAUAAAAACACAUCUGGAACAAUAUCAGACCAAAAAGCGUUUACAUCCUUUCAGCGACCGCGAGAUGAAAGUACUUUUCAGUAUAUCAUACCAAUAAAAAACAAAAAACGAGACUAA